AUGCCCUCAUCAUCAAUAAGAAAGAAGGCAGGAUCAUCAAAUAUAACGCGUCCUUCGUUAAUUGAUACGAUGCUUUUAACAAGUACACCUCUUCGUCGUUCGCCUGCGAUUCAAUCAACAACAACUUCAACUCGUUCAGCAACGAAUUUAACACUUCAACAAAUAUUUAAAGAGAAAAAUCAAACGUAUGAAGAUAUGCAAUUACUUAAUUUAACAAAAAAUAUGAAUAAAAAAGACAAAAAAUCGACAUCAAUAAAUAAAAAUGUUAAACAACGAUCGAAAACUAGAAAAACUCUUGUUGCUGCUGCUGAAGAAGAUGAUGAUGAAACAGAAAAUGAUGAAGAAAUUCGAACAAGAAAAAAACCAGUUACAAAUAAACGAAAAACAAUUCUAUCAAAACAACAACAACAACAAUUAGAAGAACCUAUUUCGAAAAAACUUCGACGAAAUGCUGUUUUAGAUAAUAAUAAAAGAAUUAAAAAAACACCUAUUGGAAAAUCUUCAGCUGGAAGUUCAGAUGGUUGUACAACAGGAGAUGAAGAAAAUGAAGAAACACGUCUUAUUGAACAAUCAAAAUUAUAUAUUGAAGGACCAGGAAUUCGACAAAAUCAUAAAAAAAUCAAUGAACAUAAUUCAAAAAUUGGUGAAAAAAUUCAAAGUCUUCGUUCACAUCAACCAGCAUUACCAUCACCGAUUCUCUCUCGAUCAGCUACUGCAAAACAAGAUGUUGUCGUUGCACCAGCUCAGAGUAGUUCACCUGUUAAAAUAAAAACAGCAUCUCGAAUUACAUUUGCUCUUCCUGCUCCAUCAGCAUCACCAAAUCCAACAAAUAUUUUCGAUUCCACACAUCCACCAAGUCCUCAAAUGCCACCAACAACAACAGCAACAUCAAUCGAUACACAAACAGAUAAUUUCUCUCGUCCAGCAUGUCAAGAAAAACAAUGUCAAACAGGAUCAAUUGGAUCAACAAAUCAAACAAUACAAACAGAUUCUAUUAAUCCUGAACUUGUUUCUAUUGGUAUUCAAUAUCAAUCAGAUCUCAUAUCUCAACAACAUGUCCUAUGUCGAGAUUUAACAGUAUGUGCUUGUGUCGAACAAAUAGUUAAAACACGACAAUUUCUUGUGGAUACAAGUACGAAAUUUCAAUCAGCACCUGUUAGUAUUCGAUCAACGAAAGUAUCAAAACAAACAAUGACAGUUGAAGAAUCAUCACCAACUAUUAUGGUUCUUGCAAAAUCUAGUCUCAAAGCUGAACAACAAAUCAUAUUUGAACAAUUUAUUUCUCAAUUUAAUGUUCGUUAUUCAAAUACAGUUGAUGAAACAACAACUCAUUUAAUAACUGAUUCAUUAGACGAGAAUACUCCACUUGUUUGUCCAUUGACAUUAAAAGUUAUACAAGCAACUGCUCGUCAUUUACCAAUAAUUAGUAUUCAAUGGCUUGUUGCAUCAAUAACACAUCAAAUUAUUGUUCCAUCACAAAUCUAUGAAAUAUUUUUAGGUGAUCCAACAUAUGGUUAUCAUGGUGGUUUUCUUCGUUCACGUAUUCCUCGUUCACAAGGACUUUUUCAGGGCAUUACAUUUCUAUUAGAAUGUCCUGAACAACAUGCAUGUCCAGCUAUUCUAGCUGAUAAUCGUGCACUUCGUGAACUUAUUUAUCUUUGUAGUGGAACAAUAGUUGAUGAAUUAAAUUCUAAUCAAUCAUCAACUAUAAUUGUAUUAUGUAAUGAAAUUAAACAAAAAGAUCAAUUGUAUACAGCUUAUGUUAAACCUGAAUGGUUACUUGCUUCUAUAGCACAAUACAAUCUACAACCAUUUCAACAAUUUUCCGUCAAUUUUACUCCUUAA